GGGAGAAAAGGCUGCGGUGUUGCUGCUGCCGCCAGCCCGCCCCUCCUGCCGCUGCUGCUGGGAAGAGGAAGAAGAGGCGGCGGGGCGGCGGAGGGCAAUGGGGCUGCGGCUCUGCAGCAGCAGCAGCAGCAGAGGCAUAGCCCGGCUUUGCAGCAGCGCCUGCCUGGGCACGAGGACUGAGCCGCGCGGCGGGGCAAGGCGGCUUGCAUGAGCCUCGGGGCACCCCAGCAGCCGCCGGGGAGCGCGGCCGGCGGGAGCCUCGCUUGCUGCCGCCGCCACCGUCGUCUUGCCCCGCAGCGGCGCUUGCCGUUUCUCAGCACGCUGAUGGCUUCUCGACGUCGCUGGUGACUGCUGCCUCCCUCCUCCUCCUCCUCCACCAUCACCCUUCCUUCCCUUCUUUUUCCUUCCUUCCUUCCUCCUCUUUCCACGGGCGGCGGAGAUGGGGAACACGACCUCAUGCUGCGUGUCGUCCAGCCCCAAGCUGCGGAGGAAUGCCCAUUCCCGGCUGGAGUCCUACCGCCCCGACACCGAGCUGAGCCGGGAGGACACGGGAUGCAACCUGCAGCACAUCAGCGACAGGGAGAACAUCGACGAUCUGAACAUGGAGUUCAACCCAUCAGAUCACCCACGGGCCAGCACAAUCUUCCUCAGCAAAUCUCAGACAGACGUGAGAGAAAAGCGGAAGAGUCUCUUUAUAAACCAUCAUGCUCCUGGUCAACUGAGAAGGAAAUACAGUUCCUGUUCCACUAUUUUCCUGGAUGACAGCACAGUCACUCAGCCCAACCUCAAGUAUACAAUUAAAAGUGUAGCUCUUGCAAUAUAUUACCACAUCAGAAACAGGGACACAGAUGGAAGGAUGCUCCUAGAUAUUUUUGAUGAAAACCUCCACCCCCUUACGAAAUCCGAAGUGCCGCCAGAUUAUGACAAACAUGACCCAGAGCAGAAGCAGAUUUACCGCUUUGUGCGGACGCUGUUCAGCGCCGCUCAGCUGACUGCUGAAUGUGCCAUUGUCACCCUGGUAUAUCUUGAAAGACUUUUAACUUAUGCGGAGAUAGAUAUAUGUCCAGCAAACUGGAAGCGAAUUGUGCUGGGUGCAAUUCUACUGGCAUCAAAAGUUUGGGAUGACCAGGCCGUGUGGAAUGUGGACUACUGUCAGAUUCUGAAAGAUAUCACCGUUGAGGACAUGAAUGAGUUGGAACGCCAGUUUCUUGAGUUGUUGCAGUUCAACAUUAAUGUUCCCUCCAGUGUUUAUGCCAAGUAUUAUUUUGAUUUGCGAUCCCUGGCAGAAGCAAACAACCUGAGCUUUCCAUUGGAGCCGCUCAGCAGGGACAGGGCAUAUAAACUUGAGGCCAUCUCCCGCUUGUCUGAAGACAAGUAUAAGGACUUCAGGAAAUCAGCAAAGAAACGGUCAGUCAGUUCGGACAAUCUGACUGUAGUUAGGUGGUCACCUGCGAUUAUCUCCUAAUGUUUGAAGUCUUGGAAAGUCCUCAGAAAUACUGUUUCUAUCAUCAACUUUGGGAGGGAGGGGGUUGUUAUUUCCCCCCCCCCCCGUUCUUUCCCCCCCUUCUCCUUAUUCUUGUUUUUAGAUCUGCCUUUACAGUGCCUCCCCCGUUGCGUAGCACACAAGAAUAAAUAUACGGACAGGAGAGAGACGUCAGUACAUCGGGAAGAACUUCGGAAGAAAGCUGGUUCUGUUGUUUUGCUGCAGAUUUGUCCUUUUUUAUGUGAGGAAUAGGCAAACUACAUACAUAUGCUUGGAAGAACAGAAAAGCAAGUGUGUGUGUUAUUAAAAAGAAAAAGAUCUUCAGCAGAGACAACGACAUGGGAAUUUUAAAAACACACCACAAGAUCGGCUUGGAAGAAGCACUAUGAGAGAGGAUUUUGAAAGUAUUUCACUUUCUCUUCAGUGUUUUCCAUUGGCUUUCUGGGUUUUAUAUCUUUUUUCCUUCCUCCCUUGCUGUUUGUCUGGGAGUCGCUUUUCCUGCUUCUGCAAAGCAGCAAGUAUGAAGAAGGCAGUAUCUACUGUAGCACAAGCCUCUGAACCUGACGCCAUCGGUUGUUUUCUUCUCUCCCAUCGGCUCCAUGCUACUCCAUCCACUAGGCUUCCCUUCAUAAGCUGUUUUAUUAGCCUUUUCUCCCCGUUAAUUAUUAUGCAUAUUUUGUUUCUCGUAUGCCUUUAUUGUAUUUUUUGAAAAAACAAAAUUUGACUUGAUUUCUAGUGCUGAACCAAAAGUAUACAAAAAAAAAAAGAUCAGGUGAUUGUUUGGAAUUCUUUCUUUUUUUAAUUUAUAGCGACCGUGUCCGUGGUGUGUUCCCACAGGUUGCAUCUCGGAUGCUGGCUGCUUCAUAGUAUAUGUGGCUGCAUGUGCCUUCCUAUGUUCUUUGGGAUAGUUUUAUUUUUCCUUACUAUAAAGUUAUGGUUGUUGGAAGGAUCCAGGUGAGAGUGGAACUUGGGCCAAGGAGGUGAAAUUUGCAUUGGGUGCAGUAGUCCUUUUUUUGUUUGCAAGUUUUUUCACUGCAUUUAGAGAUUUAGCAGAGAUUAAGUGAGAGAGAAAGUGGGAGAGAGAAAGAGAGAAUCUUCUUUUGUAUGGCAGAGACAGAUGAUUUCCUUCACUUCCUGGUUCAAUGUUGCAAGCAAUAGCCUCAAGUUUUUUAUAUGUUUACUUUAAAUGGAAACCAAUCUGUUUGUAUAAAAUAGAAAAAUAUAUAUGAAAAAAAGAGUUUUCGUUCUAGUGGAAAAGGGUCCAUGGAAGAAGAGGGAGGAGGAAGAGAAGAAGAAGAAAUCUAUAUUAAUUUUACCAAGUGUUUUGUCACAGGUUAGAUUUCAGAAUAAAAACCGUUAAAAUGCAUUUUCCAGUGUAGGUGCUUCUAGAAAUUUAAACAAAAUGCAAACUGUGAAGAAAAUUUUGUUGCUUUGUUGAUUAUAUUGUACUUCUGUUGUUGUUACUACUGGUUCCCACCCUUCUUUUCCUUAAUGGGAUAAACGAGUUGAAUACCUUUUUUAUAUAAAGCAAAUCACGUUAUCUCUGAAAAAAAAGGAAAGGGGAAAAAGCCUUGUGCUCUAUAUAAGCAUCUAUGAAUUAUUUUGCACAUUUUGAGAAGGAUGCCAUUUUACGAUGCAUAAGACAAGCAAAAACCAAAAUCAGUUGUGCAGUAAGUUCCAUGAUCUUGAAGCUCCACAAAUUCUCCUGUGCAAGCCACAGCGAAAUAGACGAGACCUCGUCUUCGAUGUAUGGCACUUGCUCUACAUGCACUACUCGAGCGAAACCGUACACACCACAUUCCACCAGAGCGUCUUCUGCAGAAACUCCUGUUCCAGAUGUGCACUUGCACCCCGCUCCCCUUGGAGGUUGUGCAGGACAAGCUAUCUUCCUGAGCUAAUACCAUUAGCUUCAGUGUCAUCUCUUGCAGGAGACAUGCCCUUACACAUUUCUUUAUCUGGUCUCAUUGAGCCUUAAAACCCCAAUUAGGAAUUGUUCACUUGACAUUUCUGACCCAGCUGUUUCAUGUGACAAGAGCACAUCCAUGCGGCUCUGAUUUUGGGGAGGUCUUUGCUUCCAAUCCCUGCAGGAUGCCAAAGAGGAGGUAUGUCUGCACACCUGCAAGUUUUUUCUCGAUUUCUUCUGCGACAGCUCCUGUUACUAAAGAGGCAACCGAACAACUGCUCCCUACUGGUGUGAGCUGCUACAUAAGAAACAGAAAGCGCUUACUUCUCUCGUGUGAAUUCAUGUUUCCGUUUGGGGAUCUUGACUAAGGAGUGCACGUUAGGGUGGCUUAGACAUGCUGCUUCCCAGCAGGCCUACAGUCGAGGCUCUUAUCACUUACACAGCCAGCUCCCCAGUCCUGGGUAGGCAGGAGACCUUGGUUUUCUUAGGACAGGAAUGGGGAAUCUGUGGUCCUCCAGAUGGUGGACUCGCAUCUCCCACCAGCCUCAACCAGCACGGUAAGGGAUUAUGGGAGUUGUAGUACAAUAUUAGAAGAGCCCCAGGUCCCCUUCCCUUCCCUAAGACACUUACCAUGCUAUUAGCUUGGUUCCACAGUGCCGAAUCAGGAACGCAGAAUGAUGCUCCCUCUGCGUUCCCUAAAUAUGCUUAUGACUCCAGAGCAUUAAAGGUUUUUAUCAGACAACUGUGUCCUUGGUUAUGCUAUCUGCCUUAAAAGGGUAACACACACUGAUGAGGUUAAAUUGCUAAUAACUUAAGUAGAGUUUUCUACUAACAUGUAUUACAUGACCUGAAGGUUUUGCCCAUCUAUGUUCCCCAAUCAGUUUAAUUCUCAUUACUUUGUUAUUGUUGUUGUUGCUAUUUUUAUUACUGUGCCAAUAUAGCGAAACUUUGAUUCUAUCAAGUUUUGAGGGUGCCCCUUUUGCCUUUUCCUUGACUAGAAUGUUUCAAAUUUAAAAAUUCUUUAAAGAGAAGAGAAGAGCGAGAGUGAAAAAGGCCAGCUUUUGUUAGAAUUGGGUUACGGUGCCUCUCUCAAUAGAAAUGUGAUUGUACCUGGAGUUGUUUUAUCAACAGUCUGCAGAACAUUUUGGGGCUGACUUUCUAGCAAGCACAGUUUGCAAUGGGUAUAGGACAGCCUUCCCCAACCAAGUCCCCCCAAAUGCAUUGGACUACAACUGGUUUGGACCAGCGGGAGUUGUAGUCUAAAACAUCUUGAGGGCAGCAGGUUGGGGAAGGCUGGUGUAAGGGAAGAUCAGAAAGAGAGCAAGGUUUGCAUUAUGUAAAGUUCUCAAUGCAUCUACUAUAAUUUUGUGAAAUUUAUUAAACAACUUUAAAGAUUGUAUAGUCUAUUUAUUGUAAAAUUUCAAGUGGAUUCCGUAAAACCUGGCUCAGUCUUGUUUAGACUAUAUUGGAUAUCGUUUUAGCCUUGUGCACUGGAUUCUACCUCUGUAUAGGAGAAUUUUCCAUAUUCUUCAAUUAGUACUGAUUCUGUGAUUUAACUUGGUUAUGUUUCUUGCACUAAAAAUUAAAAAACAAAACAAAAUCUGUUAAA